CAAUUUCAUUUCAGUGAUUUUUUGACGUUGCUGAUACUUGCUCGGUUUUACCAAGUUUUAUCAAUGUAGUGCUUAGGCUUUUCAAUAUGUCUCUAAAUCUAAUAUAAGUAGUUAUUAGGAUUAUAAACGAAUUCACUUUUAAAUGACGCCCACGAAAACUACAAAAACUGAAGUAGAAAUGGUGAUACGGAAUAGAAAAACUGUUAUGAAAGACGGGAUAAUGACAAUGUCGGGCAUCGGGGAACCCUCGGUGUUCCACGCUUUAGUGGUAAUAUUUUUGGAGUUCUUCGCGUGGGGAUUACUCACGAUGCCAAUAAUAUCUGUCCUGAACGCCACGUUUCCAGAUCAUACGUUUUUGAUGAACGGGCUUAUAAUGGGAAUAAAAGGAAUUUUGUCCUUUUUAUCCGCUCCUCUUAUCGGAGCCUUAUCUGACGUGUGGGGAAGAAAGUUUUUCCUUUUGGUAACAGUAUUUUUUACCUGUGCACCUAUACCACUGAUGACCAUUAACACAUGGUGGUUCUUUGCGAUGAUAAGUAUAAGUGGAGUGUUUGCUGUGACCUUCUCGAUUGUAUUCGCAUACGUAGCCGAUGUCACCACCGAGGCUGAGCGGUCUCGCGCCUAUGGUCUCGUGUCCGCCACCUUCGCCGCAAGUAUGGUCAUAUCACCUGCGUUAGGAGCUUACCUUAUGGAUUUGUAUGGAGAGGCUCUCGUCGUUGCGGCUGCCACUGCAGUAGCAGUGCUGGACGUCUUCUUCAUCAUGGUUGCAGUUCCUGAAAGUCUUCCAGAGAAAGUACGACCUAGUGGCUGGGGUGCCAACAUAAGCUGGGAACAGGCAGACCCAUUUGCUGCUCUCAGGAAAGUUGGUGCAGAACGCACAGUGCUUAUGUUGUGUGUUGCAGUGUUCCUAUCCUAUCUGCCAGAAGCCGGACAGUAUUCAUGCAUAUUUGUAUAUUUGAAGCUAGUGAUGGGUUUUGGUGUAGUGCAGGUGGCGAUCUUUAUUGCAAUAGUUGGUGUACUCAGUAUUGCUGUGCAAGUGGUACUUGGAUUUUUAAUGAAAUCUCUUGGUGCAAAGCACACAAUUAUGCUUGGACUUUUGUUUGAAAUGAUGCAACUUAUGUGGUAUGGAUUUGGGAGUCGCACUUGGAUGAUGUGGGCCGCUGGAGUCCUCGCCGCUUUAGGGUCUCUCACAUAUCCAGCCAUCAGUGCAUAUGUGUCUGUAAAUAGCCGAGCAGACAGGCAGGGUGUAGUGCAAGGCAUGGUAACUGGAGUUAGAGGACUCUGCAAUGGCCUUGGUCCGGCUAUGUUUGGUGUUAUAUUCUACCUAUUCCAUGUUGAUCUUAAUGAAGAACACGCAGUACCAGGAAUAAAUACUCGACCAGACGAUGAAAAGUAUGUGCGAUUGGUGCCCGGUCCACCAUUUGUCUUGGGGGCUCUUCUUGUUAUAUGUGCACUGCUUGUGGCCGCUUUCCUGCCUGAAGAUGGAACAGUGGGACCUCGAAGGUCUUCCCCCGAUCUACGGUUCGAAGUGGAGCACGGCCGCCGCGUGGCAGGUCCCCUGUCCCCCUUGAUGGCCCCUGAAUCUGCAGCUCUCUAGCAAGCGGCCAAGGCCGGCAGGGCCGCCAGUGUUUAGGAGCGAGAGCUGUGGAUGAUACAGCUCCAAGGUGAUUGCAUUUACGAAGGUACCAAAGCGAACUCAGUGAUCAAAGUGAGUCCCCAUUUCUAUGAUUGCACCAACAUUCCUGCAUACCAUCUGUUUCUGCCUAAUGCUCACGUUUUUAAUUUUGAUAUACUUAUUUUUGUAAUAACUUCCUGGCUCCAAAGAGCAUGUACAUAAAUGUAAUAUUUAAAUAAAAUCAUUAGGUUGUCUUAUGAUCCUCUGUUUCAUGACCGACUUGAGCAUCACACAAAGAGUUUAAAACCUGCUUAGAGGGUAAUCAUAUCUUUAGUUACUGUGGACCGCGGCUUUGCACAUAAUAUGACCACUCAAAUAUGGCUUGAGUGUAACUGAACCAUCGGUACAAAAUAUUAAAAUGUUUGUUCCUUAUUGUUGCCAACAACACUAGAAGCUAAUUUGUUUUGACCUAACAUUAAGACGACCCAAAUCUCAGUACUGAUGAUGUGCUAUAGAGGAAUCAAGUAGAUGCUGCAUCAUUUAAAGGCUUGUAGCAAAAUAAUUUUCCCAUCACACGGAUACAACAGCACUCUGAUUAUUGAUGUGCAUUGUGUAUUGUCUUGUCUGACUUUUUCAAGUAGAUUGUGUCUAGACCUUCACCUUGACAGAAAAUUUAUUAAACUGCAAAUGGGGCAUGAUGCCGACUUGGAAAUAACGGUCUUUUGUGCAUAGGAAUUUUUUAUAACUUUUUUCUACAACAAACAAUAUCGGAUGCUUACAACAUUAUUCCGCCCAGGCUAGGGAUUUUAUGGACUAUUGUGAUGUAAUUGAUCGCCAUUUUUAUAGUUCUUGAUAAAUUAAUUUGUAACGCCUUGCCAUCUUUGCUAAACAUACUAGUGAAAACAAAAUAUUCCAGUAUUUUCACAUUUAUUGUGUCGAUUAAAAUUACAGCUCAUAAUGACGUCACAAUAUUGAUUUUAUAUAAUCGGCACUCAGCAAUAUGACAAUGAAAGUCAUAGUUAUACAGACGCUUAUUCCUUGGACGAUUAAAAUAAUGGAAAAGACAACGUGUCUAUUAUUAGGAAUACGAUAACUUUCAUUAAUCUAGGACACGCCGCGUCUCCAGCCGGCGCGGAGCGUCCUCGCAGACGUGUAUUAAUAUUACGUAACGUGUAGUUACAGUUGCGGUUAAAUAUUACUAAAUAUUUGUAGUACAAACUAAAUCGACUUCCUGGAGAGUGUAGUGUAUGACAGCGUGAGCAGUGAGUCAGUUGCGUUUCCUCGCUUGUUAUCAAACGACCUUAUUUGUAGCAAGUACUUGCGACUGAUGAAAUUAUUGAUAAAUGUUGUUAGUCAUCACCUGGCGACUGUUUUCCUUCACAGAGGAACGUCACAAGAACGACGAGUAUUAUUUAUUUUAAUUUGUACAUGAAAAUAUUUAAAUGUGUUUUUAUCGAUACAAACCAUUGAGACAUCGUUCAAUCACACUCUUCAUUGACGUGUCGUCAUGUUUCUAAUAUCGUACGGCUGAAAUUUUGUUGGAGACAUUCUGUGUCGAUUAUAAACUAUAAAAAUCAAUUAGUUUCCAGUCGAUGGUUUCAUGAGUCGUUGAGGAAAUCCGUAUGUUUGUUUAAGGCCAGAUGUAAAAUUCUUUCAGCGAGUUCCGAACUCGCCGUCUGGAUGCGAAAGAAAAAUAUUAUCGAAACAAUUUUUUACAACAAAGCGGGUGCUCUCUAAUAUAUUUUUGCCAAAAAAUAAAUUCUCAUAGAGAUAUAUUACCGUUAAAUAAUAAUUGAAACAUAUCAUUUAUAAUAUUCAAGUAAUGCUGGAAAACGAUAGAUUUUUUAUUAGUAAAGAAGUCUUAUGCGAUUUUCAUAGUUUUCGGCGUUGAUUUCAUAUUUGUCAUAUUAAAACCUUCAAUAAACCUGCAAUCUUUCAAGGCGCCUGAUCGAUACUUUUCGUUACUUCAAACCGUUCAACCCGUGACGCCGAGUGGCUUAUAAAUAGUUCCAUUCACUUGGGUUUCAUCAUCAUCUCUGUUCGUUGCUGGCGGAGGGUUAAGAACUCUGACUCACGUAUUGUUUAUAUUUUAUAAUGCUAUUUUUAUCAAGUAUUUGUAUUGUUCAGGCAACUGCUUUAAAACGCAGCAUAGUGUCCAGUAGUUACUUGAUGUGCCGAUCAAAGAAGUUACAUUAUAAUUACUUAAAUAUUAAAACAACCUACAUUAUAUAAAUUACGAUAAAAAGCAUCAUUUUCUUUGUCGCACCGUUUCAAAUGUCUAUUCUCGGCUCUCCGGAUCGGGCUCCAAGACAUUUUACCCUGAGUGUCCUCGUGACGAGUGCUUAGCGUUUUAAGAGACGCAGACAGUACAAUAAAAAAAACCAACACCUCAAUUGUUUUGUACGUUUGAAAAUGUUAAGAAUCCUUCAGAUCUGACCUUAGUAACACUUAAUAUUUAAUGAAAUCUGCCUCACAAACUCUGCGUUAAAAAAUCACGUAUAAAACAUUAUAAAUAAAAUUAAUUGAGUUUUUCUUUAAAUUGCUUCAAAAACUAAUCACAACAAUAUAGAAGUUUCUAGUCAUUGAUAUCCAUAAUGGGAACUACAGAAAUACAUAAAUAUAAUGAAAAGUGAAAUAAAAUCUGCUCGGUCUGGAGGUAGACUCUGUUUCGAUCGGCGAUCCGAGCGGCCCUCGUCACUGUCAGUGCCUGACGCGAAUAUGUAAACAGUGAAUCGGUCGCCACUAUGGAAAUAUAUUUGCAAGGUUAUUUUAUACGUCUGAUUCAGAACGAACUAUUAACGAACGGUUUUAGUUUUAACUUGAAACCGAUCGUAGCAAUAAUAAUCGCAUCUCGUGAUUACCAUUUAUCGGUAAAGAUGAUACAGCUGAUAGUGACUUGUCUGAAGUUUACAUUUAUAGGACAGUAUUGAGCGCCACAGAUGAUGUCAAUUUCGUAAUACGAGACAGUUGUGACCUCAUCCUUAUUUAAAACUCGUUAUGCCAAUGUCAACAUGCUGACUGACUGAUAUUGUUUUAGAAAAAAAUACGAUUUUGUUAUUUUCGUCCAUAUAUAUUGCAUGAAGUCAUUGCACCCUACGACUUGAAACAACAUAUUUGCGUAUUUGUUCCAAACCGGUUUACAGCAAAGGAGAGAAUUUAAAUAAAAAGCAAAAUCAUCACUCGAGAGCUUCGCGUAUACUCCAUACGUUAUCGGUCUUAACAUUAUCACGUAUAAUUAAAAAAAUAAUAAAAAAACCGCAACAAACAAACAAUUUAAAACUUUAAUUAACACAUUCCUGUUUUUGCUGCAGCAGCGGGUACGAAUAAGUUAAGUCUCUUCUGAUGACUUGUACAUUGUUGUCGUUAGUUUCGAUUUGGUGGCGCCACUGUCACGGGCAGAUUAAAAAAAACAUUUUCGUCUCAAUGAGGUCUGAUUCAUAUAAUUUCUAUUUUGUAAAUCCAUGUAACUUGCGUAAGCUAUCCGAUUAACGCAUUUUAAUUUUAUGUUCAAUAGUUAAUGGCGAGGGAUUUACAGUUGCAGGAUAGUAAUUAAAAACUAAACAAUAAUUUAAUGUUUUCAUAAAAUCGCGUAAUAAACACACACAAACGGCCACUGCAGCACAUGUAAAAAUGUGAAACAAAUAGAACAUUAAACAUUAAUUGAUUAAAAUUAUUCUCAAGCUAUUAGAUUCAGAAGUCGUCACCCUCAGUCCUUAGUGCCGCAAUGGCGACGCAUGGCCGAGCGCCGACUCGUGAAGAAACUUAUGAUAUAUUGUAAAUUUAUUCACUAUGAUUUACUUCCUUUCUCGUUUCGUGUUUGUCUUAAUUAUAUUGUAUUAUUUUUUUACUUCAAGACUUUAGUAAACCUUUUUACCUUGAAUUGACUCUUCAUUUUAACAAAUGGAUCACAAUUAAAUAUUUAAUCAAACGUUUUAUCAGAAACAAUUACUUCCUGAUGUUACAUACUGGUGGAAUAAUAAAUAAUGACAGAGUAUUUUUUCUUAAUGCUUACAUAGAUGAAGUAGUUUGCGGGGGUGUCAGAAAGUCCCUUUGUUAUUAUUCCAGUGUGCAUUUCUUCCAGCUGGAACGUCUCCCCCCCUCCGGGAGGUUCGGGGGUAGGAGUGAACAAUAACGUUUUGGAACCAUUCUUUUGUAAAAACUAGAAAGUACCUACUGUAUAUAAAAAUCAAUACUCUUACAUUAUUUAAUAAUAAAUGUUAGUAUGAUUAUAUCAUAUUAAAAAUGCUGCUUUAGCAAUCUAUGAACAUGCUCAAUUAAAAAUAAAUCUACUUAGUAAAGUCGCGUCUGUUGACUGACAAUACUUCACUUUAGGAAUGUUUAAUGUAUUAAACAAUUUUAAUAGCCACGUUUUAGCGAGAUAAGAAAAUGUCAUGUAACUCGUUUUCUAAUAAACUUACUACUGCGGAAUAAUUAAACAUUUUUUUUUAUAGACACUAACAAAAUUUAUGUUACGGGAGUGCGACAUCUAAAAUAGGUGAAUAUCAUUAUUCAAUCUACCUGUUCAUCUGCUAGUAAAUUUAUAAAAAAUAAAGUAAAAAUGUUGAUACCUAUCGCAUGGCUGGUACUAAAUUGGAAUGAUGCCAAUGAACUAUAUUCCAGCGCACAUAUUAUAGUAGGUUCAGUAGCGCCAACCAAACCCCUCAGCGGCGGCCAAGACUGGUGUCGAGUUUCUAAAUUCAUCAUCAUCAUCAUCAUCAUCAUCUAUAUUCAGGUGUUGGAUGAUUGUGACCGUCUUAUAAAUCAAAAGAUAAGUAUCUAAUAGAUUAUUUCAUUUGUUCACACAGUAACGAGGAGAAUUGUUUUCCGAUUUUUUUGUAUCCAGCUCCGCCGAGAACAAUCGCUGACUUUGUAAUUCAUAGUUUCUUUUUCUCAUUCGUCGCCGCCGGCUGGAGUAGAUUUCGUAUGACAAAUCUCCACAACACGCUGCUGUGACCGAUAUUGUUUUACAAAUUCAAUAACGUUCGAGUUUUAAAAAGGAGUGUGUAACAAAUAGAACACUCAGGCUAAUUGAAUGUAACGCUGUCGAUUUGUCAAAAUUUCCGAGGCACGUAAUUAUUCACACAGCAUGAACAACCUUGAGCUUGUUACGUCUCGGCUGUUUAUUUGUGUAGGUAUUCUUAUAAUCAGUCUUAUAACAACUUGUAACUUACAGACAGUUUUUAAUAUUAAACGAGACAAUAGCAUGCUAUAUUACCGGCUACACGUGGUUCACAGUGAGGUGGUGUUUAAAAUUUAUUGCAUAUGCAAAAAUAUUUUUAUAAGACAAAUAAUUUUACUAGCAACAUCAAUUAUACGAUCGUACAGACGGCCGAGUCGUGAUGUAAUUAAUAACAACGAAUUUAAACAUUUCACCAAUAGAUCCGAAACAAAACAAUUGAUUACUAUAACAAAACAACUUUCCAAGGACAAUAACAUAUUUUGUUUACCGCGUGAAGUCAUUGUUAUAUAUGUGCAGGUUUGCUCCAAUGAUUUCGGGAUGGACUAAUUGAAAUGUCAAAUGAUAAGUGAUGCACAGUUAUAAUGGAAACUCCGUUAUUGUGUGAUGCGAAAUGAGAUUUAAAGAGACGAGCGCUUCUUGUCUUUUGUCUUGAGUUGUCACUGUUGUGACUGUGCGAGUGAGAUGGAUGUCGCGAAUUUAUUAUUGUUUUACUUUAACGGGAGACUAAGAUUUGUAUGUUGUUUUAUAAGCUGUACUUUAUGUUGUCUAGGCUAAGCUAUUAAACAUUGUACGAUAAAUAAUUACUAAAUGUAAAAUUAACUUAUCGUAACGUAUUAUUAGUUAUAAAAUAUAUUGAAUAACUCGCUUGAAGUCCCAUUCUGAAGUGUUUUUUAAUUUGUUAGGGCCGACUUCACGUGUUGCUGAUGUGUUCUUUGUAAUAAUCUAUGAGAAGGGUUCGCCCUUAAACAGUGGCACAACACAUUCAAUGCUUUACUUUGAGUUGUCAAUGUCAAGUACCCAUCAGAGAAUUGUCCUUGGGAACGUGUGAAACUGGCCCUAUAUUUUGUGAAGUGUGUUUCAUAUUAUUUAAUUAAUUUUGUAAAUACAUUCUGUAAGAUAAAAUCAUUGUUUCUCCUUAGUCAUAAGUGUUGAAUCGUUCACAUUCUAUUUGUGUUGAGAUGUUUCGCGGGAUUCAUUACUAAAACCUAAGCUACUUUUAUUAUAUCAAUAUGUACUAAGGAUAGGUGCCUGAGCAGAUGUAUUGAAUAGAUUUGUAAUAUAAACUAUGUAGAAUGUAGGGAUACAGAAGAGAGCACUAAAAGUAUUUUUGUUAACGUUACGUGCGACAUAUCUAAAAGGAUAUUUUUUUUGCAAAUUUGUUUUAUGUUGGCAGUGCACUAUUGUAGAAGACUGCGUCGUAGUUGCGCGCCGGCCGCCGGUAGGUCGGUAGCCCGGGGACAGUUUUACGAUAAGUUUCGUAUCGCCAAUGUAGCCUAGCGAAUAAAUAGCGACUAGUGAAUAUAAUUCUAAAUGUAGCCAUCUCGGUUGGUAAUUGUCGGGCAUAGUGUGUGGUCAAUUAACUAACAUUGAAGCACAAAACACGGGAAAUAAUUUGUGUCAACUGGACUUUAAAAUUAAUUGUAUUUUAAAAACAUUUUAAAUAUUACGGAGUUGAUAUUUGGGACCAUUCACUUGUUUUCAGGAAACGGCUAUUGUUUGUGUCAGUGUAAUCUAGUUUUGUAUUUUACCCGUUCAAUGUCCGAACCAGUUGACAUCUCCCGCCAUCAGCGCCAUUUUGUACAUCUAGAGUCUAGACUGUUGACUGUAGACUUAUCAGAUUUCUUACGAGUGAGAUAUUUAUUUUAUUUAAAGUAUUUUACUGCUAAAUUGGAAUAAAGGUAUAUUUUAAUAUAAUAGUACAAGUUUUUAUGUGAUACGACGUUUGCAAGGUUUGAAUAAAAAUAUUUGUGAUUUAAGUUUUAAAUGGAGAAUACAGUAUUGUUGAAUUAUUAUGAAUCACUUGAAUGUUACAUUUACGACGGUUCCUUCACAUCUGUUAUCACACAAAGUUCACAUUACUGUGCAAACCUGAUUCCACGGAAGGGGGAAUUUUCUUAGAAAAGAGACACUGUGAUUGUAGUUUGGAAACGGAGAUUUGUUAAAUCAUUGGUUUAAAUCGCCGAAACUCUUCAUAACUUGUAUAUAGAAGAGGCGACGGCUAUUUAAAUCAUUGGUUGAUCACUAUUAUGUGCUUCUAUGUUGAAACAUUAAUAAAUCUGAUUGUAGUCGA